AUGACGCAGUCUCAUUGCAAGGAAGACUGCAUGCGCUUGCGGUCGAAACGCUGGUGCAGUGUUUAUGCCUCUUCCAGAUCGGGCAAUGAGCUUCAAUGCGCACACCAUUCUCUAGCAGCCGCAUUCAACUUCUUCGCAACUAGGUCUCUUUCUCUCAUCAGCAUGUCGGCUCCACCGUUGCCCUUUUUGGCAAGGACAUUGGUUUCCUGGACCGGCGAAGAGGACGGCGACUUGGGAUUUCUCGAAAACGAGGUGGUCAAGGUGUUCCAUCUCGUAGACGAGCUCUGGUGGCAGGGAAGUUUGGUGCGGAAUGGCGCCGAAGGCAUCUUCCCCAAAGACUUUGUUGAGAUAAUGCCACCCGCAGGCCUUUCGUCGGACCCUAGCACACCUGUCCACGAUCGAACCAGCAAAUUGGCCACGACCCCGAAAACGACUCCUUCUGCUUCUCCGUCCAAGAUAACGCCCAAGGGAACCCCAACAAAGCAGACGCCCAAGAGCGCUUCGAAAAGUGCAUCCAAGAGCGCCUCCAAAAGCACAUUGAAAUUUGCAUCUUCCAAGACAUUGAGUGCGCUGUCGCCCAACGUGUCUGGUCAAGCGAGCCCAGAUAUGUACCUGAGCGGACGCAAAAUGUACUCGCAGUACGUGCUUGGCACGGGCUUUUCCAGUUCUGAUUCGGCGUUGCCUCUUUCGCCCACACCCAAAGCGCGGCGUGAAGACGAACUCAUGCAGAGCAUUGCCCACAAGAAACAGCAGCUCGAGAUGGAGCUCCAACAACUCCGCCAAUUGGAGCGGCAGGCGAAGGAUGGGAAAGACGUUGCAAAGUACCUGGCUCGUGCCAAUCUGGCAGAGCUGGGCUACGUAAGCGAGGAACUCUUACUGUCGAAGCGACUCGAGCAUACAGACGAGGAUCUGGAUGCACCGCCGCCACCGCCCAAGCAUUCCGACCAAUUGCGCGAGUCUAAUACUAUGCGCGAGUCUACUGCUAUGCGUGAAUCUCAUGCGUUGCGCGAGUCUCAUGCCAUGCGGAGUUCUGUCGUGAUGCACGGUUCGCAAGAGGAUCAAGAACCUGCGCGCGACGUGUUCCACUGCUCAGAACUCAAGUCGUCGCUCAAAUCUCUCCAGAGCGACGUGCUCAACUUGUCCGAGCUCAGUGCCACCAGCGCCGGCUCGUUCAUGCGACACAAGUAUGAAGCGCCCGAAGAUGACCGGCCGCGCCUUUUCAAAAUGCUUCGGCGCAAAAGCGCAGAGAACUUGCUUGAACAGCGGCUCAGUGCGGGCGACGAAUGGCGCGCGGUGAAAACGGCGCUCAAUCGCGCCAACACGCUCUCGACCCAAGACAAGCAGAUGCGCACUCGGCGACUCGCGCGCGCCGAACCCAAUUUCAUCGUCAAGCCGCUCGAGUAUGUCACGCCAAUAAAUGUCAGUGAGACAUUUGGCGAGCAUCCGCAGGCGCCACCGACGCCCAACAAGCGCAAAGUGGCUGAUUUUGCCGCCAAGUAUCCGCGUUCGACCGACUUCAAUGAUGUGAUCUCUGCCGUGAGCGUGAAAUUCGGCGCCUCGCGCGUCGAUAUGGUGCGCGCGCUUCUUUUGCACUUGUGCCAGUUCCGUAUAAUCGAGGAGCCCGAACGCAUUCUGCUCGCGAAACCGCGCCUUUCCGAGGUGAUGGAAAAGGGCGCAGCCACCAUUUUCCAGCUCAACUACUUGUUCAAGAAAUUGCUUGAGGCGUUGCGGAUUCCGGCCGAGGUGGUUGUGGGAUUCUGGAAAAAACCAAACGAGUUCUACCAUUCCGACCACUUUGUAGUCAACCACUGUUGGCUCUCGGUGAUGCUCGAAACGGGCGCGCGCGCGGGCGUCUUUCGCCUCGUCGACCUCUUUUGCUUCCAAAAUGGCGCCGUGUGCAACACAAGCGGCCACAACGAGUUUUAUUUUUUGGCCGAGCCCAUCCACUUGGUGUCGACCCAUCUUCCGUCCAUUAUCGAGUUGCAGCAUGUUUGCCCGCCUGUAGAUGUCAACGUGGCGUUCCAUUUGCCCCGGCUCUACUCGGGCUUUGCCAAAUCGCAUCUUCGCUUCAGCAACUUCAACAAUGCUUUGACUCGCAUGAAAGACUUGGAAGUGUUCGAGGCAGACUUGCAUGUGCCGCCCGACGUGGAGCUUUUCACCUUGAUCAAAACCGCCCGCACCACAUCCAACGACUUCACUCUUUGCCAGCAUUAUUGGGUGGGCGGCCGCCGAAUGGCCCGCAUCAAGGCGCUUCUUCCUGUAGGAGAGCUGAUUGGCGUGUUCCAGCUUUUCGCCGGGCCCAAGGGCUUGCAAACGCAUUUUGACAAUAUCCAUGAACUCGCAUGUGUCAUUCCUUUGUACCACGAGGGCACCUCGCUCGCUGCCCGUUUUGUUCCUCGUUUCCCCACCAUCCAAGCACAAAACUAUGACCUUUACGUUCGUCAUCCACAAUUGGCGACUCUUGCGCCCAAAAACUCGUACAACUUCGAAAUCGAUGCGCACCCAGCUCAGCUGCACCUACAAGGGAACUCUGAUCUUAAAAUUGUCAUUGAGGCGCCUUCAGGGAAGUAUACAAAGCUCACCCGAGAGGACGACCCCCGCGGCGAAUCUUGCGCUUUCCGCACAACACUUCUGUGUAACGACGCUGGUUUUUACCGUGCCUUGGUUCUUGGCGACAGUGGUAACAGCUGGUACGUUUUUGCCCAGUGGGAAUGUGUCUAA